CUAACUCCAUGCCAGCUGCUGCCAGUCGACCGCUGCCACGUCCUUGGUGAAGCCGUUGUCGAUGCUGGCCGGCAGCCCGUCGUAUCUCGCGGCCUCGUCCAGGAUGGCCCGCUGCACCACCUCACGCAACUCCAGCAGCCGAUGCCCCCUCACGGCGAAGCACUGCAGCUGCGGCACCCGCACCCUCUCGCCGCCCACAUUGGUCGUCCCGCCCACCACCUCCUUAUUGCCCACCACCUGCAGCGAUGCGGCGGCCCUCACGAACCGCGCCAUCGCAGUGUUGACGCGGCGGCCGACCUCAGUCACGUUCUGGACGGGGCGGGGGCUCUGCUCGAGCACCGAUGGGUUGACGAAGGACGACGCCACGCGCCAUGCGAUGGCCGACAUGUCCUGGUUGGCGAAGGGCAUGUAGUCGUCUUGCCAGGAGGGCUCCGGGUCGACGUGUGGGGGGAGGGGGGGAGGAGGCACCGAGCGGCGGGAUGGGUCGAAUGAGAGGAAGGCGGCCUUGAGCCGCUGGGCGGUGGCAUUGUGGAGUGCCUCUGUCAGCGCGUCGGCCAUCUCGCGCUGAGGUCGCAGGGCGGCGUUGACGGCAGCCAUGACGUCAUCCGGCAUCUCGUUGAGCACUGUCGCGUACUCGGGCAGCACCAGCUGGCGACGACGGUGGUGUCGCUCUGUGGCUGUGGGCAUGAGGGCGAUGUCAGCGCCCGCCUGGAGGAGCACACGGAUGGUGGUCCUGAUGCGGGGGAUCCGGAUGCUGAGCCGAUCCCUCUCGGCCUGCCCCGUGUUGUUGUCUUGCAGCCGCUGCGUGUCGUCAUCGAGUCGCUUGGCAGCGACAGUGAGAGGUGUGAGGGUGGAGAGGUUCGGCAGGCCUCUGUUGAUGUCGGCAGCGGGGAGGCGCCGGCAGAGAGACGCAGCGACACAGUGGAAACCCCAGUUUGCCACCCGAUGCAGUGGCGUCCAACCAAGAAUGCCUGUCGCCGUGAUGUCCGCCCCGUUGGUGAUCAGCAGGCCGAUGUAGCUCUCGAUAAACUGCUGGGACCAGACGGGAGGGGUCAGGGCCGCCCAAUGCAGCGGACUGGUGCCAUGGUUCGCAUCGGUCUCGGUUGCGAGUGUGCUGUCCCGCUGGAUGAGCUGCCGGUAGAUGGACAGCAGCGUGGCCUCGUGAGCCUCAGUCGGCUGGUCCGUCGGCAAUGUGAAAGGCAGCUCCAUCACCCGACGCCCCCGCAGCUGGAUGCCUGGAACAGACAGACAGACAGACAGACAUAGAAUCGAACAUCAUGGUGUGUGUUACGUGUCGUGAGUGCUGUGAAUGGGUGCGUACCUGGCUGGCCCAUCAGGAGGCCGAAGGCGGCCCGGUUGCACGAGGCGAUAGCCACUCGGAUGGGCCUAGAGAACCCCCUACCUGCGUUGAUGUCCGCCCCUCUUUCGAUGAGGGCCUUCAUGAUGGCGAGCUGGAGCGUGGUGUCCUCCCACAUGGGCAAAACGACGGGACAGUAGUCAUCGCCGUCGGCUGCCCAGAUGGACGGCACGCUGUUGUCCGUAAGAUUGUCGAUGCACAGCGACAUCAGCGGACAGGUCCAGUAGCCACCCGUGCUGCCCGCCGCCCGCAGCAGUGUCUCCACAUUGGGGUCGGCUCCCUGCUGCUGGAUCAUGUCCGUCAUCUGCUGUGCGUCAGUGACGGUGCGGCGGAUGAUGGCCUUGGACAGCCGACUGCUGGCGACACUGGUGCCACAAGGGAAGCGGGCGUCAACGACCUCCUCCUUCAAGCUCUUCCAGCCAGGUGGUAGCGGUGGACCUGUGGCACAGCGUCCACAGGGGAGGGUGGUAUCUGUGUUGGUGGUGGGUGAUUUGUUCACCGACCUCUAUCCUGUCGGUCCUGCUCGCUGCCCUGCUGCCCACCAGAGGCACCAACACCAGCUCCACCAACACCACUGCUGACGCCCCCUCCGAGACGGGGCGGUUGCGGUGGGCGAAGACCAGUGGAUGAAGGCACGCCAACACCAGCAGCAGCAGGAAGGGCAGCGGGGGGGUUCUGCACACACCAUACACAACAAAACACAGCCAUGCCACCUGUGGGUUAGUCAGCCAUCAUCGUGCUGUGGUGCUGACUGAGGGACAGAGGAGGCAUGCAAUCACCUGUGGCUGUUGGCCAUUGGGCAGUUUGGCGGCAGGUUGGUUUGUCUGGCCGUCUCCCCUGGCCCUCUUGUGCUCCUCACGCUCCAGAGGAGAGCCGGCACGCUUCACAACACCUACACCUUCACACACACACACACACACACACGACCCAGACCAUGAUGACGAGCUGCAGCAGCCCGGCUGCUGUGCAUUCAUUGACUACCCGUGUAGCUAGAUGCCGAUGCUGCCGAUGCUGCUGCUGCUGCUGCUGCUUUGUGGCCCACCCGCCACGCUUGCCGUGAGAUGAAUGACCUGCCGUUUGCCGCGGCGGAACAGCCGAUGACACACACAGGUAGGGGAGAGUGGGUGAGGGUGUCUGUCUGUCUGUCGCGGUGCUCUUGUGUGUUGGCGUACCGGUGAUGGCAUGUGAGAGGGCUUUGUCAUGGAGGCGUUGUUCCUCUGCCUCAUGACGACAUUGCUCACCGCACCAUCGCCCGCACGGUCCUCCUGGUGCUCCUCCACAUCCACUGGCCGCCGCUCGUCACCGCCGCCACGUUGCUCUGCACGCUCUAGAUCGUCUGCACACACGAUGCUUGGCGAUGUUGCGAUGUGUGUGAUGUGCUGCAUCUGUCUGAGCUGAGUGUACCUUCAUCGCCAUCGUCACCGUCCGCCGGGCCAGCAGAGGCCAU